AUGAAGUCAUCACUGCUGCUUUUCUUUGCAGGUCUAAGCGCAGUAGCUUUGGCCAAUGUCGGAACCACGACCGGAGAGAGCCAAGCCCUUGCGACAGGCAUUGUGCCAAACGUUGACGAAGUCAAUAUAGUCAUUGACGAUGGGUAUGUCGCGCAGGAUACUUUGAUGAUGGGUGCAAUGCCCCCGAACGAUCUCAAUGACUCGCCUCGCCACCGACAAGAGAAGGCGCACCUGCUGAAGAGAAUGAAUAAAAAGAGCGGGAAAUGGGGAACGAGCCAUCCGCGAUACAGGCUACUCGAAGCAUUGUGGGGGUAUACCAAGUACCACGAACGUCACAUGGCGGAACUGGACCGGUGGCGAAGCUUGUACAAGAGCGUUGGCAAGAAGCAAAAAAUGACAGUGGAGAAGGCGGUCGGAUAUGCAAAGAAGCUGCAUGAAAUCGAAGAACUGAUUUAUGUGAAUGCGGCCGUCUCGAGGAGCAUGGCCCUACAUGCUAUGAAGUUCUACGAUAUCGACCGUGCAGAGUUGGAAGAACACAUAAAGCAGGCCGAGGGCGACAAUCGGCAAGCCGACAAGUUCGCUACGGCGCAAACACUGAAGCAUUACGUGCGAGACUGGGCCAACGAAGGUCUUAAGGAGAGGAAUGAGGCGUUUCCAUGCAUCUUGAGCACGUUGAGCGAUAUUAAAGCAGCCUCGCCAGAGGGUACAGCUCUCAAAGUACUGCUUCCGGGUUCCGGAGUUGGCAGGCUGGGUUCUGAAGUCGCUAAUUUGGGAGGCUUUGAGGUGACGGUCAACGAAUGGUCAAUGUUCAUGAAUGUUGGGUAUCGUUACAUGGAAGCGCAAAGGGAGGUGCACGCGGUUACCAUGCAUCCUUUCAUCGACGCGAUGUCGCACCACGCUACGAAAGCUGAUAUGAUACGAAGUGUCACGGUACCCAACAUCUUUCCCAACCCUGGUGUACUGCUCGUCGAGGGUGAUUUCAACACCGCUUUCAAUGAUCAACAAGGUCAUUACGACAUAAUCGUCACUCACUUCUUCAUCGAUACGGCUCGCAACCUCAUGGCCUACUUCGACACCAUCCAAAGGCUGUUGAAGCCUGGUGGUAAAUGGGUCAACUUUGGCCCACUUCUUUAUGGCACCGGGCCCUUUGUUCAAUUAAGUCUAGAAGAGAUCAUUGACGUCGUUGAAGAGAUGGGCUUUGAGUUCGAGGAUUUGUGUAAUGAGUGCGGCGAGCUGACCUUCGAAGGCAGGAAGGCCCGAACAUCGCUCGCAAAUUUGCACUGGGCGCCUUCAGCCAUGCUUCUCGCCGCUUUCACAACCCUUGUAGGUUUGGCCGCAAGCCUAUCUUCAAGCUCACACGCUCGAGCAGCCGGAGAUCUCAUUGUCACCAAGGUUCCCAACUAUGUCCGUCCAUAUAUCGUGCGCGCCUAUACCCUGGACGGAUAUCGAGUUGGAUCUCAAGUUUACCGCUUCCCAGUUACCGGUCCUUCUUCCAAUUACGCCUUUACACUUAUUAGCACUGCUGCCCCAGCUAGCACAAGUCUAGGUGUACUACCUCAUGCUCACGCAAUCCACUACGAGAACUUCUACUGCCUGAAGGGUCGUUACGCUCUCUGGACGAGCAAAGAGAACGUCACAUCAGGAAGGAUCCUGUCACCGGGUGACUACGGUGCCGUUCCUCAUGACACAAUCCACACCUUCCAACUGCUCGAUCCCUUUGUCGAGCUUGUCGGCGUCAUUCAACCUGGUGGCUUUGAGGAUCUUUUCUACUUCCUCGCAAACGCCAACUACACUUCUAACACCCACUCGCCCUUUCCGCAAGGAAGCUUUUCGGAUCCCGGGGGCGACUCUAGCCUUAUAGCCACACUCGAGGGCUACGAUGUUUAUGCAAAGCUGACUUUCAGCCCACCGAUGGAUUUUGGCGCGAAUGGUGCCACUGAGGAGAAUGCAAUCUGGCACAGUGGCACUAAUGAGUUGGGUAACGAUCCUCAAACGCCCUUUUUUGUCGCCAAGGGUUACGGGCCUAAGUAUCUUGCUGGCGACAAAGACUCUUCCUACGCCAUUGUCGAGCCUUUCGUUACGAGCCAGCAGUCUGACGGAAACUUCACCGAGGGCACGAUUACUCUGUCGAAACCCAUUACAGGAACUAAACCUGCUACAUACUCGCUUCCCGGCCACACUGCGCUCGAGAUUGUUGACGGUCUGGUUAGCGUGGAUGUUGGUGGUUUCGAAGGCACCACCACACUUUCUGUUGGGGAUGUUGUCUUUGUACCUGCAAAUACCACAUUUAGUUUCUGGGGCGAGUCUGUGUAUUCGAAGGUUCUUUAUGUUGGUGCUGGAGAUGAUACGGUAGAUGCUAGGAUUAGGAAGGAUGCCAAGGUAUGGGACUCAGUUACCUGGCCCCACACGGUCAAAGUCAAGCAUAACGACGAUGAGACGCGUGCUACGACAGAUUGUAUGGAAGGUACCGAAGAUAACGCGUCAUUGUCUGUACUAGAGACGUCCGAGCAAGCGAGGUCAGAGACAGAAGGCAUUAAGCAAGAGUGCGACGAUCGGGAGCAUGACGGUGUGAAUGCGAUUAGCAGCACCGCUUAG